GCUGUACCAGUAACACUCGUAUGGAAACCGCUGCUUUUCUUUGUCCCAUUUAAAACGAAUCAAGUUGCAUAUUUUACAACAACAAAAAAGUUUAAACUUUUUGUUUGUUAUCAGUUUUACAUAUAUUCAGGGGGGCUGUUGACGUGAAGAGUCAAGAACUAUCUUAAAACGAGAUUCAAUGUGAAGGCCCAUGGAAAGCAGAUAACGGGGACGGGGAGGGGGGUCAGACUUACCGUUACAUGCGCUCCUGCCCUCACUAUUGGCUUAAAGUUUCCGUGGGCUUUUCCACUGGGUAUAAAAGCAGAGACAAUACCAUAACCCUCACAAUUUCAGUUUCACCGUCACAAGCUGAUGGAUUCCUACUACUACUCGCUGUGAUAUUUUGCUCUUUGGAUUAACUAUAAAAGGGACAUUUUUGCGCAAGAAUCCUUUGAUUUCUCUACAAUACAAAUUUUAUUAUAAGUAACCUGCGAUCUUUCCGGCUGCGAACGCGCAAAUUCUUCUUGCCAUGGCCAACAGCUGUUUGCAGUUCAGCGGCUUUAUGGUCAGUUGUAUCGGCUGGAUAGGGAUAAUCAUAGCGACAGCUACCAAUGACUGGGUCGUCACCUGCAAGUAUGGCAUGAACACCUGCAAGAAAAUGGACGAACUGGGAGCCAAAGGCUUGUGGGCGGAAUGUGUGAUCUCUACGGCACUUUACCACUGCAUAUCGCUAACCCAGAUCCUCGAUUUACCUGCCUACAUUCAGACGUCUCGCGCACUCAUGGUCAUCGCCUCGAUCCUCGGGCUGCCCGCCGUGGCCCUGGUCCUGGUGUCCAUGCCCUGCAUUAACCUGGGAAACGAGCCGGAGAGUGCCAAGAACAGGCGAUCCGUGGUCGGCGGCAUCUUAGUGCUGCUCGUAGCGAUGUGCGGUAUCGUGUCGACCGUCUGGUUCCCGAUCGGGGCUCACCAUGAGCAGGGCCUGAUGUCCUUCGGUUUCUCGCUCUACGCCGGCUGGGUGGGCUCCGCCUUCUGCCUCCUGGGCGGCUGCAUGAUCAGCUGCUGCUCUGCCGACUCCCCGGCCCAGUACAACGAGAACCGUUUCUACUACUCCAAACAGGGGGCGGUCAGCACUCCCCCUGGCUCCGCCAACCAUGCCAAGAGCGCCCAUGUGUGAGAGACGGUGCUCCCAGCAGCGGCAACCCCCUACAAACGCUCUCUCCCUCCUACAGAUCUCAUCCUCCAAAAGUUACACACAUACACCCAAACACCAAUUUUUCCAGUUCUCAGCUCUGCCUAAUCCCCCCCCACCACCACCACCACCACCACCACCAGCACAUACAUACACACACAUACACAUAAAUACAUAACACAUUGGGUAACAGGCAAUUCUGAGAAACACCAUGGACUUUCAUGAUUUUCAGACGCUGAGAAAUGGGUUCCUGCAAGUAAAUCCUGCAGGUGAAUCCAGCCAAAGCUAGGGGGCGCUCAAAACACCCAUCUUGUAAUGCCUUAUAGCAGGCCUCUGGCACUUUAGGAGAAUAGCGUUGAAAGAUUUCCUUUUUUUAACAACCGUUUUAUAUCGCUCUCCUACCAAAAAAGUAUUUUUGUUUUAAAAAACUGUACAUUUUUGUCAUUAAUGUAUAUUUUUUGAGAUUUUUGUUUCCUUGAAAAUUACGAAACUGUAACGCGUGGACAUCCAAUUACCGAUCAAACAGUACUGUGGCAAAUGUGGCGCAUCUACAAAAUAAAAAAAUAUAUUUUUCAGGACUUCUCCUUUUGUUAAGAAAAUUAAAGCAUGGUACAGUAAAAAAAAAAAAAAAACUAACGAAAACAUUUUUAAAAAUAAACCGAGCAAAACAUA